AUGCAGAUGUCGGGGUCUUAUUGGCACCAACUCCCCCCGCCCUAUCGCACUCCUCUUCUCCUGACUUCUUGCACCGCCCUUAUCUUCACUCCCUUCAUCUGGCAGAAACUGACCUACCAACCCCAACUUCUCCCGCCCCCGCCGAAAGACUAUCCAUAUCGCCAGUGGGACGUCAAGGACCAUUCAUCCUCUUUCACUCUCCCCAAUGGCCGGACCGUUGGAUACGCCCAGUUUGGAGAUCCCAAUGGGAAGCCUAUCAUCUGUCUACAUGGCGCCUUCGGCUCAAGACUGGAAAACGCCUUGUUUGAUGUCAACGCCAAAGAGCUUGGCGCAAGAAUUAUCGGCAUCGAGCGGCCUGGGAUCGGCCUAAGUUCUCCAGACCCGAGGCCAUUUCUGAAGAGGCAAAUUAUCGACGGUGCCGCCGACGUCGAGGCCCUAGCCGUCCACCUCCAACUCGACGACUAUGCCGUUCUCGGUACCUCUGGAGGCGGGCCAUUCGCUCUGGCUUGCGCUCGUGCUCUGCCAUCAGAGCCAUCGAAGCCGCGUCUGCGAGCCAUCGCCGUCGUGACGGGGCUAGGUUUGUGGGACAUGCCCCAAUCCUGGUCGCCCUUCCUCCUCUGGUUGAACCGAAAGUUGGAUCCCCGAUGGUUCGUCAGAUGGUUGUUCCUCAGCGUUCCACAAUACCAGCUUGAUCUCUCAGACGACGAGAGGGCGGAAGCCAUGCGGCGAUCCAUGGACGUGAGGAAGAUGCAUCCCGCUGAUGUCGAAACCGCGAAAAAUCCAGCCUACCCCGACUUUGUGCGCACCUUCCUCCUUUCAUCGCGGGCAUGUGCACGUCAAGGCUGGGAGGGCGGGCUAGAUGACAUUGAGCUCUGCUCCAAUGCACCGGGAUUUCGCGUGGAAGACAUACCUACCGGGCUGCCGGUGCAAUUGUGGUAUGGUGCAGACGAUCGCGUAGUCCCCUUCCAAGCCGGCGAAGAGACUGCAAAGCGGCUGAGAUCCAUCGGGAACACGAAAGUCGAAUUACACAUUGAGCCCGGAGAGACGCACGGGAGCACGCAGGUGAAGUAUCAGAGAAGGAUACUGACCGAUCUGCUGAGGGCAAUGGAGACGUGA